AUGGUGGAUCUUGGAGUUCACAGAAUCCUUCUUCUGGUUCUUACUUUGACAAAAAGUCUGGAGAGUACAAAAUGGUUGGCAGACCUUAAAAAAUGUGGUGACUUGGAAUGUGAAACUUUAAUAAGCAGAGUCUUAGCCACACAAGAUUACAGAGGACCUGACUGUCGAUACCUGAACUUCACUAAGGGAGAAGAGAUAUCUGUUUAUGUUAAACUUGCAGGAGAAAGGGAAGAUUUGUGGGCAGGAAGUAAAGGAAAAGAUUUUGGAUAUUUUCCCAGAGAUGCAGUCCAAGUUGAAGAGGUGUUCAUAUCAGAGGAAGUUCAAGUAGCAACUAAAGAGUCUGACUUUCUUUGUCUUCUUGGAGUAAGUUACAUAUUUGAAAAUGAAGAUAGUGAACUAAACAGUGAUAGCUAUGGAACUACACAUCCAUAUGACGAAGAUGAAGACCAAAAAUCUAGAGAAUAUGAAAGUGAUUUUCACAUAGAAUCUGAAUUUUAUGUAACUUCUGAAAGCACUUUGCUAGAAGACCAGUUUCUAGCAGAUGAGAUCAGAAGUACCACCGAAUUAACAGACUGGGAAGAAGUAGAAGCUAGAAGUGUAGAACAGGAUAUUGUUGAUGAAGAAGUCCAAAAUCAAAUUUCAGAAGUGGAUCAUGCCCCACCAUCUUUAGCAGUACCUGAAGUGAAAGGGUGGUUUGGAUUAAGAAGGGAACGAGCUGAAGGAAAACUCAUUGAAUUAGUUAAUGAACCUCUGCAAGGAAACUCAUUACAAAGUAGAAAAAUAGUAGUGGUAAAAGAGAAUGACUUAGAGGAAUUACAUAAUGAUGAGCCUCAAACAGAACACAAGCAAGAACCUGCAUCAGAAUUUGACCACAAUCUGAAACCUCAAGCCACUGGCUGGUUUGGUGGUGGAUUUACAAAUUACUUAGGUUUUGGAAAUGAGGAUUCAGAGAUUGAAUUAUUGUCCAAAGAAGGUAAUCAACCACUACAAGAUGUUACCAAUCCCCUAUCAUCUGAUGAAGAACCUACAGUUCCAUGUACAGAAAUGUUAGAAAAAAAAGACCCAAUUACUAAUGAUAGCUCCAUUCUCAAGUCAAAUUGGUUUGAUUUUGGUUUUGGUAUGUUAGGCUUUGCAUACGCCAAGGAAGAUCAGACUGUAUCAUAUGAUAGAAAAACUGAAGAAGGAGGUAGAGACAAUAAACAUGAGCACCCUCUAGCAAAUGAAUUUGGCCCUGAUAAGGAACAAGAAAGAGAAAUAAUAAAAGUUUUGGAAACUGAAGAUCAAACAGACCAAAAAGAAGUCUUACAGCAAAUAGAUGAUUCUGAUAACUUACCAUAUUUUAAAAAGUUCUUAUAUAAUUUUGACAAUUCUUGGAACUUCCAGAGUAUUGCAAAGAAAACAGAACUAUCACAUCCCAAGCAGCUACUGGAUGAAGACAAUCUAAUUGAAGAUGAUGAAACUGAAGAAUUUUCAGUUGAAAAUGAUCCCAUGGAUAAUAUGGAAUCUAUGAUGUCUGAAAGCAGAUACAGUCCGUCAGAUAUUGUCUCUAAAAUAGAGGUACCAAUGAGAAAUCAUGAAGACGUUCAUUUCAAAACUCCAUCUUUUGAAGAUGAAAAAUCCAAAACACUACUAAUAACUGAAGAGCAUACUCAGGUAGAAAAUGGAUUUGUGGAAAAUGCUCUGGUAAACAGUCAAAUAUUUUCAACUGACAACUCUUUGUCUUCUCAAAAAGAAGGUGCUUUCGAGUUCCAGAUUCUGAAAUUUUUAUUUCAAAUUGAUGUUUAUGAUGUCAUGAAUUCUGCAUUUUCACCAAUUGUAAUUCUUAAAGAAAUGGUAAGUUGGACUUUUUUAUCCUUUGUAAUAAUUGUAACCAUUUUACUAAUCUUCCUUACUUUCUUUAACAGACCUAAACAUAGAGUCCUAAAUUUAGAAGACAAGCUGCUUCUUUUAGCUCUCCUUAGCUGCGACGAGCACGUGCCCAGUAAAGGUCCAUUUGAGCCUGAUUUAACAUUUGGGUAA